UAAAUUUAAAAAGUGGAAUGUUUUAGAUAAAUAAUGUAAAAUUGCUAUGAUCGACUGACCCAUUAGUAAUCGGAAACAUUUCACGAAAACGAUCAACAAAUUGUCCAACCCACAAAAUUGACCCAUUUAUUCAUACCUGAAUCGAUUAGAUCAUAAUCGCUCUGACCCGAUGACGACGAUGACAACCGUCGCUCAAACGCAAUGAUCCGCGAUCGUGUUAAUCUCGGUGCAGUCAGUGCAGAGAAUGUUGGACAGUAAAAAAAAAUUCCAACGCGCCUUUCGGAGAGACCUGUUUAUUUUUUCUGUUUCUGUCGAAGGCAGGGUUUUACCGAACUGCGUGUCAUUCUUUUCGUCCCAUUUCAACCACCAUCAGUAUUGCCGACCGAACUUGGAGAAUAAGAAGAAAGAACUGGAGCCUACGCCUAACAAUGUGCGGAGAUCUGCAGAUAGCGACCGAUAUAAAUUAGAGCACUUGGUCAGUGGUUGAUAUCAGUUGCUGCUGUGAGCUCAAGUUAAUAGCUAAUCAGUUCUUCGAGUGCCAUUAGAUAGCCAACAUGUUCAAACUAUUCAUCGCAUCUUCUCUACUCGCCAUGGCGAUAGCUUCCCCAUUGGCCACGAUUCAAGCGAAAAACCCGGAAGCUGACUCCCAAAUCUUGUCCUACGAAAACGUCCUACACGACGACGGCCACUUCGGUUGGUCUUAUCAGACGAGCAACGGAAUCGGUGCCCACGAGGAGGGAGUGGGAGCUCACGCUGCCAACGGAGUGUUCUCCUACACCGGACCCGAUGGAGUCCAAUAUCGGGUGCAGUACGUUGCCGAUGAGGCCGGAUUCCGUCCGGAGGGUGCCCAUCUGCCUACUCCACCACCAACUCCCGAUCACGUGAUUAAAUCGCUGGAGCUGAUUCGUGCUAACCCACCCAAGGAUCAACACGAUUUCAGCCUGGAAGCGCUGGAUGCCACCAUUGCUCGGCUUAGGAACUGAGCUGAACUCGAGAUGGUUUGACUGAUGUGAAGUAGUAGAAUUUAGUGCCUUAGGUCGUUGAAAUCGGAUGAUUGUGUUAAAGAUUCUGAUUUAUCGAGUGAUAGGUUGUAGCCAAUGUUUUGGUAUUGAGAAAAUGCUAAUCACUGUUAAAUAGUCCAAUUAUGUUAUAAAUAAAGUUUU